GUGAGUUCUGGAUGUUGUGAGUUCAGACAUGGCAGAUAAACGUCACAUCCUGCAGGAGCUGCUUUGUUGGCACGACUGCAUCAAACCUGCAGCUUUAACCUCAGGUGUGUUCUACAGUGAUGUCAUCAGAUGAGGGCGUGUCUCCCUCCACAGACUUGUAUUUUAUUGGUCAGCGUGAUGAGGUCAUCAGAGCGAAGCGUGUAGUGAAGUGUGUGAAUGGUCGAGAUGUUCUGGUUCUUCACCACCAGGGGGCGUUUCACGCUCUGGAUGCUCGCUGCUACCAUGCUGGAGGUUCUUUACAGAACGGAGACAUCGAGGAGAUAGCCGGGCGGGCGUGUAUCGUGUGUCCGUGGCAUAAGUAUAAAAUCUCUCUGAGCGACGGUGAGGGUUUCUACCAGGCCGUCGAUCCUUCAGUUAAACCGCUAACGCCGCGCUGGUGCUCUAAAGGCCUCAAACAGAGAGUUCACAAGGUCACAGAGGUUAACGGGGGCGUGUUCGUCACCCUCAGUGUUGAACCUGAACACGUGGAAUCAGACUACUACCAGUCCGAAAAAUACAGAGACCCUACGCCAAAACAGGAAGUGACGUCACAGGUAAAGACUGUAAUGAGGUGAGUGUUUGAGCUCGACACUGCCUCCUCCUGACCGGUGGUGAGAAUAACUCGACAAGCGACAGAGUAAAAAAACUUUUAAUAAAUUUAAUUUUUUUUCUAAAAUCAUAAUAAAUAAUAAAUAAAUA